AGAACGACCACUGUCUUUGAAGCACCUCAUCUUCAACCAAACCACUCAAAAACCAAACACUCUCUCUGUCUCUUUCUCAACACUCCGUUCUCAUCCCACUAACACCACAGAAAAUUUGAGCAAUAAUCCAUGAACCCUAACAACCCACUAUCCAAAUUCUCUCCCUAAAUUGACCUGCACAAACUUCAUAUUAACAUCAAAUUUUACAUAUACAACAAUUUUUUCCAUACAAUCCCCAUCAAAGUUCUGCACUUUAUUUAUUUAUUUGUUUAUUUUCUUACACUUUCUGGAUGUGGAUUUGAUCGGAUCCGAACCUUUGGAGAAAUGGGUCACCUCAAUCUCCCUGCUUCAAAGCGAAGCUACCGGCAAUGGCGGCUCUUGGACCUGGUUACGGCUGCGUUCUUUGGGAUAGUGAUAAUCUUCUUCCUCAUGGUGUUUACGCCUCUGGGUGAUUCUCUCGCCGCGUCCGGCCGCCAGUCGCUUCUCUUGUCGACCGCAGAUCCGAAGCAGCGAUACCGGCUCGUGUCUCAGGUGGAGCUGGGCAACCACCCUCAGCCCAUCGACGCUUGUCCUGCGGACUCUGUGGACCACAUGCCUUGUGAAGAUCCCAGGAGGAAUAGUCAGCUUAGCAGGGAAAUGAACUUCUAUAGGGAACGCCAUUGCCCUUUGCCGGAGGAGACACCACUCUGCUUGAUCCCACCGCCUAAUAGGUAUAAGAUUCCGGUGCAGUGGCCGGAGAGCUUGCAUAAGAUAUGGCACAACAACAUGCCACACAAUAAAAUUGCAGACAGAAAAGGUCAUCAAGGAUGGAUGAAACUGGAAGGUCCAUACUUCAUUUUCCCUGGUGGUGGCACCAUGUUCCCUGAUGGUGCAGAACAGUAUAUUGAAAAACUUGGACAGUAUAUCCCUAUUACUGGGGAUGGGGCCGGCACUCUACGAACUGCUCUUGAUAUGGGUUGUGGGGUUGCCAGUUUUGGGGGUUAUCUUUUAGCUGAAGGCAUUUUGACCAUGUCAUUUGCUCCAAGAGAUUCACACAAAUCACAGAUACAAUUUGCAUUAGAAAGAGGAAUUCCAGCAUUUGUUGCCAUGCUUGGUACUCGCAGACUACCUUUUCCUGCUUUCUCAUUUGAUUUGGUGCAUUGCUCACGAUGUUUGAUCCCAUUUACGAACUAUAAUGCAACAUAUUUCAUUGAAGUAGAUAGGUUACUUCGCCCAGGGGGAUAUCUUGUAAUAUCUGGUCCCCCUGUAGAGUGGGCAAAUCAAGAUAAAGAAUGGGCAGAUCUCCAGGGUGUGGCAAGAGCAUUGUGUUAUGAGUUGAUUGCGGUAGAUGGCAACACAGCCGUCUGGAAAAAGCCUGCUGGAGAUUCAUGUCUUCCCAAUCAAAAUGAAUAUGGUCUUGAAUUAUGUGAGGAUUCAGAUGAUCCAAAUUAUGCAUGGUACUUCAAGUUAAAGAAAUGUGUGACAAGGACAUCUAGCAAUGGAGAAUAUGCUGUUGGGACAAUUCCAAAGUGGCCAGAUAGAUUGAGAAAAGCCCCUUCAAGAGCCAUAGUCAUGAAAAAUGGCUUUGAUCUGUUUGAGGCUGAUACUCGGCGAUGGGCAAGGAGAGUUGCUUACUAUAAAAAUUCUUUAAGCCUGAGGCUGGGAACUCCAGCUGUACGCAACGUCAUGGACAUGAAUGCAUUUUUUGGAGGUUUUGCAGCUGCCCUGAAAUCUGAUCCUGUGUGGGUAAUGAAUGUUGUUCCUGGCCGAAGGCCCUUAACUCUCCCUGUAAUUUAUGACCGAGGCCUUAUUGGGCUCUAUCAUGAUUGGUGCGAGCCUUUCUCAACAUAUCCCCGUUCAUAUGAUUUUAUUCAUGUAAACGGCAUUGAAUCACUCAUAAAACAUCCAGGUUCAGGCAAAACCAGGUGUAACCUUGUGGAUUUAAUGGUGGAGAUGGACCGAAUAUUGCGUCCAGAAGGAACAGUCGUGGUUAGAGAUUCUCCUGAGGUUAUUGACAAGGUAGGUCGCAUAGCUCGUGCUAUAAGGUGGGCAUAUACAGUACAUGAGAAAGAACCUGAAUCACAUGGGAGGGAAAAAAUUCUCGUUGCCACCAAAACAUUUUGGACACUGCCUUCAGCAUCCCACUGAUAUAGGCAUUUGAUCUUAUGUAAUGUGGGUAUAGUUUUCUAGUCUUGUUAUGUAUCCCAUUUUCAUGUCUAAAGGUUUCAUCUGCAUUCCAUCAAAUGGAAGCAGAUUUCUUUCUUGUUUUAUGAAUUGAGUAGGGUUAGAAUGGAAGAAAAUGUGCAAAUAUAGAAACAAGUCUUCAUGUUUUAUGUUUUGAUUACACAAAACUAGUGGCGAUCAUAUUUAAUUUAGCACCAAGGAUAAUGUAACUUAAUUCUUUUUCCAUCAGUAAUUUAAUGAUGUUAUAUAUUGUUUUCUUCA